AUGGCAGAAGAUCCUCUCUCUGACAAUUAUCAGAUGUUGGAAGAGCUAGGAAGUGGCAGUUUCGGAACAGUAUACAAGGCCAUCGAGAAGGCCACAGGCGAGAUCGUGGCUGUCAAGCAUAUUGAUCUCGAAUCCACCGACGAGGACCUUCAAGAAGUCCAAGCCGAAAUCUCCCUUCUGAGCACCUGCGCCAGCCCAUUCGUCACCCAAUACAAAGCAAGCUUUCUCCGAGGGUACAAAUUAUGGAUAGUGAUGGAAUAUCUUGGUGGAGGGUCAUGUCAAGACCUGCUCAAACCAGGAGUCUUCUCCGAAGCCCACAUCGCUAUCGUCUGCCAACAGAUCCUCCUCGGACUCCAGUACCUACAUCAAGAGGGAAAGUUACAUCGGGACAUCAAGGCUGCCAACAUUCUACUAUCACAAUCUGGGAAAGUGAAACUGGCAGACUUUGGUGUCGCAGCCCAGCUCGUUAACAUCAGGUCCUUACGGAACACCUUUGUUGGCACGCCUUUUUGGAUGGCACCUGAAGUAAUACAGCAAUCUGGAUACGAUUUCAAAGCUGAUAUCUGGUCUCUGGGGAUCACGGCGAUGGAACUGAUCCAUGGCGAACCACCGAAUGCAGGAAAGCACCCCAUGAAGGUACUGAUGGAGAUCCCCAAGAUGCCUGCGCCGAGACUGGAGGGGAGCCAAUAUAGCAAAGAUUUCAAAGAUUUUGUGGCAAAAUGCCUGGUCAAGGAUCCUGAUCAACGUCCCUCGGCGAAGGAGCUGUUGAAGCAUAAAUUCAUCCGCAAUGCGGGCAGGACGGAAGCUCUACAAGAACUGAUUUUGCGACGCCAGGAGUGGGAGGCAGGGCUAGAAAAGAAGGAGGCGCUGAAAUAUUAUGCUGAGACACUGAGGAAUGUGAGAUUGCCCAUACAGGGAGGAGAAGAAGAAGAUGACGAGUGGGUAUUUGAUACAGUCAAAGCAUUACCUACAUUACAUCAUACACAAAAGCGCCGGAAGCUGACGACAACCGAAAUUGGGGAUGAGGUCAAAGCAGGCAACUAUAAGGAAGAAACGAUGAAGGAAGUGAAGCGCACGCAGCAUCCUCAACCUUCAACCAUGAAAAGACUAUCCUCACCUCUCCUACCACCCUCUUCCUCCUCGUCCGUCAACCGCUCUUCAACCAAGAAGCGAAUAUCAAGUGGGCAGCAGAAACAGCCUCUUGGCGUCAACAUGUCCUUCGGCAACAGUCCAUCGACUAUUCGCCAGUUUCGGCGUGUCUCACCCGCGGCCAUUGAGAACGACGACUACCCCAAAGACAAAGAUAGUGCAGCAACUCCGUCACCCUCAUCCCUUUCUCCCUCCAAAAUACGCAAUACGGCACAAUCAACGGCGUCUUCCUUAUCAAUAGCAGAUUCGGAAAACGUACCCCCUCUUCCACCAGCUAGGCACACAAGUCGCAUGCACAGCGGAAGUAACGGGUCGACCCCUGACACGUCCAUGACCCAAAACACCGUUACCACCUCCUCACCUCCCUCAAUUACGGCUUCCCAGUCCAUAAGUCCGGUCCCAGUCCCAUUUGGGCUAGCACACUAUCUCCGAAUCCACGCCAUCAACCCUUCCAUCCAGGAAAUCUUCACGAGAACGACCACGGCCACCUCUGGCGAUUCAAACAAACAAGCCGUACUCUCUCAUUUGAUGGAAGCAUUCUCUGAGCUGGAGAGUGUGGAUCCGGAGGCUUUGUUACAGGUAUUUGGUGGGAUCAUGAGGAGGGUGGGGCGGGACGAAAGAUUGAGAGAUUUGCUAGAAGAUGACACGGGCCGAACAAGUCCCCAGCAAGUCUCCGCGAGCGGUGCAGGUGCAGGCGCGAAACUGGUCCUCGCGCAGAAUAAUCCGCAUUUGAAAUCGCACCAUCGGAGGAGGCAAUCUGCUAUUGUACAGGGACAGAGUCACGCGGAACAGCAGAAAUUUGCAGGUGUGGGGCAACGAGCAGAAAUAAUGUCGAAAGAUCCGAGUUCGGCAAGGUCAUUCGGGAAGGGAAGGGAAGGCAAGGUGACAAGGGGAGAGGAUGAGGAGGAGAAAGAGGACAAGGAAAGGGGAAUUGACCUGGAACAGAUGAAAGAGCUCAGGCCUGGUAGGGAAGAGGAGAGUGAGAAUGGAAACACGAAAGGAAUGGAACAUGUGACGUUGUUGGGGGAUGUGCUGUUUGAAAGAUGGUGCGAGGGAUUGAGGGCCCGGUGGAGUGGCAAUUCUGGGGUCGUGUGA